AAAAAUAAUAUUCUAAAGGUAUCAAGAAGAGGAAAUAGGAAAGUAUCAGGGCAUGAUUGCAGCGGAAGUUGCUAUUGGCAAGACUAUCAAUGAUGAUGUCAUUCCUGUUGUGGAGAAAUUUCAAAAGAAGAAAGAAAGGACACUGAACCGGAAGAAAAGGCAAGAGAUGCUCCUGAGUAGCUUUAGAAGUUCUUGUGCUGGUAUGACUCGCACAUGUCGCAAUCAUAGGCCUAUCAGUUACACUUUUGAUGAAUAUGAUCGUGCUAUCGACGAGGCUAUAGAAAUAACAAAGAGAAGGAAAACAAUUGAGGAGCAAAGCCAGGGGCAGAAGCUUCCAAGACAAACUUUUGGCUCCAAUGGAGGUUCAUAUGUGGAGGGCACUGUCUCAAAAGACAGUUCAGAUGGGAAAGCAAACUCCAUGGGUAGUGAGACUGAAGAUGACAAGCUACAAAAAGCUGGUGAUAAUGGUAAUGAGAAAGAGGAUAAUGAUGAUGAUUAUAGUAGCGAAACAGACGGUGAUGUCAACAAUAGUAGCAACUUGGGAAGCUCUGCGGAUGAAAAUGAAAAUUUGAACAACCAUAAAAAACACGUCGAUGGGAUCACGAGGAUGAUACCUCGUCAGAAAUACAAUGUAAGCAAUGGGAUAUCUGGUUCUAAAAGCUUGCCUAGAGAUGCUGUUCUAGGGUUAGAAACUGACAGCUUAAGUUUGAGAAUGAACCAAGAACCUGGAAAAUUUUGUAAAGUGGCAAGCCUUGUCCGUAUUGGUUUUUGGAUGUAA